AUGGAAUUAAAUAGUAUCAUUUUUCCUGCACCAAAGUGUUCAUACACGAAAGAAUCGAGAAAUAUCAUUUGGGUAGAAUCUCAUGCUAUUAACACCCCCAUUUAUCAUUAGUAAAAUAUAAACAAAGAGUAAAAUUUAUGCAAUGAAAGCGAAAUAUAGGCAAAAAGAAGCGGCCCUUUUUCUUCUUGUAUGACUGGCCUAAUCGAUAAAGAAAAUGAGAUUGAAGUCUUAUAGAAUCAAAGAAAUGCCAAUCGUUCUCUGUCAUGCAUCUAAGGAGAAUCAAAAAACUCAAACUAACAAUUUCAUAAAACUCUCACAGACAGAAAUAUUUUAUGCGACUCUCAAUAGAAUUAACAAUCACCUAUUAUAUAGGAGUUUACACCUUCUCAUUAACAUUCGAAUAAAAAAUUUUAAUAUUUUAGUGAUAAUUUUAAUGAGUAAGAAAACAAACCUUAGUAUCAACAAUUUCCAUAAACGGCCAGAGAAUCUAAAUAAAAAUUUGAUGAAGGAGUAAUUCAUUUAAAUUCACCAAUUAGAAAUAACAAGAAACAUAGUUCUAUGAAAGAAAUGUACAUAAGCUCGCCACUGCGUAAGGCAGCUGAAUUUGGACCUACUUUAAAAAACGCGACUUCUACUAGCAUUCCAUGUCUUUAUUUGCCUUAUUUCGAAGGCAGUGAUAAAUUAUUGAUAUAUUUUCAUGGAAAUGCUGAGGAUUUAGGCUAUAGCUAUGAUUUUGUUUCUAAUUUAAGAAGAUAUAUUAGAGUUAAUGUCCUUGCUGUUGAAUAUCCAGGUUACGGCCUUUACAAAGGUAGUCCUAAUUCAGACUAAAUCUUAUAAGAUGCUGAUUCUAUUUAUGAAUUCGUUAGAACUCAUUUAAAAGUUUAAAGCUAAAAUAUCAUUAUAUUUGGUAGAUCAAUUGGUAGCGGACCUGCAUGCUAUUUAGCAGGUACUAGAAACAUAGGUGGAUUAAUAUUAAUGUGCCCUUACACUUCAAUUAGGAAUGUAGUUAAGCAUCUAGCUGGUAACUUAAUUUAAUACUUGGUAGCUGAAAGAUUUAGAAAUAUCGAUUAUAUAAAACACUCUAAAUGUCCAAUAUUGUUCAUUCAUGGAAAAAUGGAUAAAUUAAUUCCUUAUACACAUUCGUUAGAACUUAUGGAAUAAGUAAAAGAUAGAGCUUUGAUUCAUUUAUCUCCACAAAUGACACAUAACGAAUUUAGCAUGUCAAAUGACCUAAUACUUCCUAUUAAAACAUUUUUUUGUUAAGCAAAAUUGACUAUUUAAAAGUAAAAAUUAGUUAUUCCUCCUUAGUUUUUCAAUGCUCCUAACGAGCAACCAUAAUAAUCAUAACAAAAAUAAUCAAACAUCUCUGCUGCUUCAAUUACAAAAAUUAGAUAAUGA